AUGUCCAAUCCUCGGGAUUAUACCGUCGGCUGGAUUUGUGCUUUAAAAACGGAAUAUGUCGCUGCAAGGCUGUUCCUGGAUGAAGCACACGAUGCGCCAGAGCACGUUUCCGUCGGCGACAAUAAUGUAUACACCUUAGGUAGAAUGGGAGGCCAUAAUGUUGUAAUUGCCGUCUUGCCCGAUGGAGAAUACGGCCUAUCCUCUGCAGCACGUGUCGCUUCUGAUAUGCAACAUAGUUUCCCUAACGUGAGGAUCGGUUUGAUGGUUGGUAUUGGUGGUGGUGCACCUACCCCGAAACAUGAUAUCCGUCUAGGUGAUGUUGUGGUUAGCACUACUAAAAAUGGGAAUAGCUGCGUACUUCAGUACGACUUUGGUAAGAAGAUACAAGGUCAGAAGUUUCAACUCACGGGGUCAUUAAAUCAGCCACCAGCACUCCUGCGAGCAGCUGUAUGUCAGCUCCAGGCUAAGUAUGAGGAAAGUGGUCAUCAGCUAGGAGAUGCCGUUGCCAAAGCCCUUGGACAUAAGCCAAAAUUGAAGAGAUAUAAACGCCUUAGUUCAACUAGCGAUACGUUGUAUCGGUCCGACGUCACUCAUCCUUUAAAUAACAAUGAAAGUUGUUUAACGGCCUGUGAUAUAUCAGGCUUGAUAUCGCGACCACCACGGACUGAAGACGAGGAUGACCCAAUGAUUCAUUACGGCAGAAUCGCAUCAGGCAAUAGCCUCAUGAAGGACGCUUCGGAGAGAGAUCAGCUUGCUGAGGAGGAGGACAUCCUAUGCUUCGAAAUGGAAGCCGCCGGGCUGAUGAAUCACUUUCCAUGUCUGGUUAUUCGAGGUAUCUGUGACUACUCGGACUCCCACAAAAACAAGGAGUGGCAAGGGUACGCAGCAAUGACGGCUGCUGCGUAUGCGAAAGAUCUUUUAUCUCAAAUCACACCGACUAGGGUUGAGGCUGAGAAGAGGAUAGGAGAAAUGAUCGAGCAGAUCGAUAAAAAGAUGGAUGCAGUGAGCGAUGCUAUCGGGGGCGUGGCCUCAAUGCAGCAAGAGGGCCAGCACAGGGAAAUUUUCCGCUGGCUUAGUCCGAUCGAUCCUUUCACACGACAGAGCGAUUUUCUUCGUAGACGCCAAAAAGGAACCGGAGAAUGGUUUCUAGAGACACCCCAAUUCAAAGAAUGGUUGAAAGGCAAAGAGAAGACUUUAUUUUGUCCCGGGAUUCCUGGAGCUGGGAAAACCAUGAUUGCGUCGAUUGUCAGUGAUAACUUAAAAGCUGUUCGGGAUCAAGAUGCAGCUAGAAAUGUUCGGACGGGUGUUGCAUUUAUAUACUGCAUCUACAACGAACGGGAACAGCAGAGUCUCGAUGAUAUACUUGCAUCGAUACUUGUGCAGUUGGUGCUAGGGCGGCCUGUUAUCCCCGAAUCUAUUCAGAGGUUUUAUAAAAGCCACCGGAAAGGUGAAAAACCGCGACUUUCACUUGAUGAAAUAUCCAAAGAAAUCACAUCCAUUAUCAAAUGCUAUUCCCGAAUAUUUAUCGUUAUCGACGCUCUAGAUGAGUGUAGGGAUAAUGAUAUUCGGAAAUCACUAUUGUCUAAAGUAUUCGAGUUACAAACUGUAUCCGACAUACGACUUAUGGUGACCUUUCGACCCGGUGCCAUCUCGGAAGCCCUAAUCAAGACAAGGAUCGAAAUUCGGGCCCAAAAUGAAGACCUGGAAAUAUACCUACGGAACCAAAUGUCAAAAUUACCUGACAUCGUCACGGAGAAUUACGAACUGCAGAAUAAAAUCAAAGAUCGUAUCUCAUACUUAGCUCGCGGCAUGUUCCUACUUGCUCAGCUAUACAUCAACUCCCUCGCGGAUAAACUCACAGAGAACGCAAUUGAUACCGCAUUAAAAAAUAUGCGAGCAGGAGAAAAAGGAUUGGACGAGGCAUACGAUGCUGCAGUGAAGAGAAUCGAGUCCCAGCUACCAGGCUUCCGUGAAUUAGGGGAGAGAGUGCUUCUCUGGAUUGUCUUCGCGAGGAGACCACUUACCACGGAGGAGCUGAGGCAUGCCUUGGCAGUGAAAUCCGGUACAUCAAGUUUGGACACGAGGAGCCUAUACACAGCCAAAGACAUAGUGUCCUCUUGCGCAGGUUUGGCCACUAUCGACGGAGAAAGCGGCAUAAUUCGACUGGUGCAUUAUACCACCCAAGAAUAUUUUCAACGAAACUAUUGGAAGAAUUUCCCAAACAUACAAAAGGAUAUCAUCGCAGCAACUUGUCUGACUUAUCUCUCGUAUGAUGUUUUUGAUGGAGGAUACUGCUCAUAUUGGUUGGAUCUAGUACCUCGCCAAAAACAGAACCCAUUCUUUGACUAUGCGGCUCGAAAUUGGGCAUUUCACACUAGAGAAGUCCAAGGAAACGCAUUAGAGCUUGCUCUGAAAUUCCUUGAGAGCGACUCGAAGAGCUCGGCAGCUAGUCAAAUCUCGUCCAUAGGCAAGCAACCAGUCUGUGGAAUACACCUCGCUGCUUAUUUUGAUUUAAAGGAAAUUAUGAAGAAACUUGCAGAGAAAAAGAAUCUGGAUAUCCAAGAUGGCGAGGGCCGGACCCCGUUGUCAUAUGCUGCAGAGACCGAGAACAUAGAGAUGGUUAAGCUGCUUCUUAAAAACGGCGCCCAAAUCAACGUGGAGGAUAACGCCGGACGGAGGCCAUUAUCAGAAGCUAUCGAAAGAAGAAGCACGGCGAUAGUGCGAUGUUUACUUUCUUUGGGGGCAGGUUUAGAAUAUGUUUAUUACCACACACCGUUAUCGAAAGCGAUUGAAGGAGGCGAUGAUGCCAUUGUGGAACUGCUUCUUGCGAACGGCACCCGCCCCGAAGUAGAAGAUAGGCGUGGUUGGAAACCAUUAUCGCAAGCUAUAGAAGUCGGAAACGCCGCAACAGUUAAACAUCUACUUGCCGCUAAAAUAGAAGUAAACUAUGACUAUAACAUUGCGCGACUAGAGACACGGGGUGGGUUUCGGGUGCAGGUUAUCCGGUGGAGAAAUGCCCUGCCAAAUAAAUCAGACGGAGCUGGCUCGAAACCAUUAAUGAUGGCCAUUGAAGCAGAAAAUGAGACGAUAGUCGAAGAUUUACUUGUGAUUGGAGUGGAAGUCAACUAUACUUUUGGGACUACACCGUUAUUACGAGCCGCCGAAAAGGGCAGCUCUACAAUCGUUGAAUUGUUGCUCAAAAAUGGUGCUCAACCGGAUGUAGAAGGGAUACAAGAUGGAUGGAGGCCAUUGUCAGGGGCAAUAGAAAGCGGGAAUGCGACCAUAGUGUCUCGUUUGCUUGCCUGCGGUGUGGACAUGGACUAUUCUUAUAAAAUUCCAGGAGGCCGAGUAAGUGUAUUCCAUCAUAUAAAUAUGGAACUUGUAUUUGUACUGAACCAGAGACUAAUCACACUAUACUUUGUCACUGGAUUGCAGUCUUUUGGAGCACCGCUUCACCAUGCAGUUGAAAAAGGUGAUGUUGUGAUAGCGAAGAUAUUGAUAGACAAGGGCGCAAAUCUAGAGGCUAAAAAUCAAUGGAGUUUAACACCCCUAGGUCGUGCUGCCGUUUGGGCUAAGUAUGAAGAUAUGGCUAAGCUCCUGGUAGAUGAAGGUGCGGACUUAGAAGCUAAAGAUGAAGACAAUUGGACACCGCUAUUAUCAGCUGCGAGCAAUGGACAUGAGGCUGUGGUGAAGGUAUUAGUAAGUAAGGGAGCUGAUAUUGAGGCGAAGAACAAAAGGGAUCAGACACCGCUAUCGUUAGCUGCGGGAAAUGGCCACGAGGCUGUGGUGAAGUUGUUGAUAGAUAAGGGUGCAGAUCUAGAGGCAAGAGACAACCGUGAUUGGACGCCACUACUAUCCACUGCAAGCAAUGGACACGAGGCCGUCGUGAAGUUGUUGAUAGAUAAAGGUGCGGAUACCACGUUGGGUUCCCAGAUCUGGCUUACGAAACAGGUUGGUUUCGAGUCUUUCAUGAGCCUUGUAAAGGACGAGAUUCACAUGAGAAAGAUAAAAGACGAGAUUCAACGUCGUAAAAAAUGGGAUGAAUAUAUCAAGAGUACUCGGUUUACUUGA